GUUAAAUCUAGUCAUGAGCGGUCAGAGCUGACCCAAAGGUGCACAUGUCGGGCAAAGGCAAGGGCAAGGGCAAAGGACCUGCCCCUGCGGGCCCUGCGGGCCCUGCAGGCCCUGCGGGCCCUGCGGGCUCUGCGGGCUCCGCGGGACCUGGCCCCAAGGGCAAGGGCAAGGAUGGCAAGGAUGGCAAGGCCAGCCUUGCGAAGCCCGAGAUUAAGCCAUCCAGGCCGCUGAAGCCCGUGUGGUGGCGGAGGCUUCUAUUUGGCUCGGACAUCAAGCCAGGAACCGUUUGGGGGAAGGUGGAAGACGAGACAAAGCGCUUGUCGCCGGAGGUGGUGGAAGCCAGAUUUGGAAAAUCCAAGCCUGCAAAGGUACAGGCGGAGGUAUCAGAGCCCAUCCAAUUGAUUCGCAUUAAGAAAGAUGCAUUGCAAGAGCGCGAGCUUCGGCUUCUGCCACCUGCUGGUGAAGUGGGCCAGGCCUUGGCGGAGCUAGAUGACCAACGCCUAGCGCUCGAUGAGCUGGCAAGACUGCAGCAGCACGCGCCCUCCCAGAAGGACUUAGAGGCCUUGCGAGAAGCUCAGCAGCUCCGCCCAGAGUGUGCCUUGGGCCCGAUCGAGGAGUAUUGGUCGGCCAUCGGCCAGGUCCCUGCGUACCUCGAGCGCAUUGGGUGCUGGCAUUUCCUGCGCACCUACCGCGCAAGGCUGUGCUGCCAGAGUGAGUACUUGCAGGAUUUGUCCGACAUGUUCGCCAGCCUGCAGAAAAGUGAGGCCGUGCCCGCCUUGAUCGGCGCGAUCUUGGCCACAGGCAAUCGGCUGAAUCAGGGAACUGAGGCUGGGGAAGUGGCUGCUUUUGAUUUGGACCUGCUGAGCCAGCUGCAUGGCAUCAAGGGAGCAGAUGGUAACAGCCUGCAGCAUCUCAUCUUCCAAGAUUUCUUUGAUCCACUGAACACCCAAGCUGCGGAUUGCCUGGAGUCGCUGGGCCCCAUCUUGCAAAAUGUCAGCCGCAAAGUGGUCCACGACGAACAAAAUCCGCGGGUCAGCAAAGCUGCACACCUGGCACUGGAAGAAAGCGAUGAAGCCAUUUCGGCGCUUCAGGGUGAGCUCUUGGCAAUGAAGGCUUCACUGGAAGUAUGCACUGGACCGCUGGCUGAUGGUGAUGCGGUCAAGCUGCGGCUUCAGCGGGAGUUUGCAGCUGCUGAGAAAUCUAUCGCUGGUGUGAUACAGACACGGGAUGCUCUCAAGAUACAGUAUGAGGGCAUAGCAGCGUGGCUUCGCAAACCAGCAAUGAGGAGCGCCGAGCUUUGUUUGAUGUGGGACAACUUCUUGCUUCCCAGCGAGCUGCUGCUCGCACGCUCCCAAGACUCGCAGGCAAGCUUUGAGGCUCUUUUCUGCCAGGGGGAGACUUUCAGCCUCGAGGAUUUCCGAGACCUUUGGCAGCUAGAUGCGCCGCGCUGCAGGACAUACUCUGAAGAAGAAGAGGGCGAUCCUCCAUUUCAGAGGCAGCUGUCAAGAUCGCCUGCCGAACCAGAGGACAAUGCAGGGCUGUCACCAACCAGCCCGGGUGGCCGCCACGUCCCUCUCAUCUCGCUUCCCUGGAGGAGAGACAUUGCACAGGGUGACACCAUUUGGAAUGCGGUGCAGGCCCAAGCCGCCCCAGUGCCAUUGGCAGAGUUGCAGUCGCGGUUUUCCGUCAAAGCUUGCGCGGAAGCUGAGAAGAGAUGGGCAGCCAGAGAGGCAAGAUUUCAAGUCAAGGAGAAUGCCAAGGAGAACGCCCUGAGAUGGGCCAGCGUUGCUCAGCAGCUGCCGAAGGUGGAGGACCUGGUGGCACUUCUGCAGGAGCUGCCUGUGGCAGCUGCAUGCCAAUGCACGCUGGAGCAGCUACGCAAGGCAGAGGAAGAGCUUUGCCUAGAGGCAUCAGCCGAGGAGGAGCUCGAGUUCAGGAGGCAGCUGGAGGAGAUUCCAGCCUUCAAGGAGCGCCUCAUAUUGAUGUCAUUUCUGACGAGCUACAGGCAGGCGCUGGAGUCUUGCUCGGAAUCCUUGGAGGAUAUGAUGGAUGUCACGGAGUGCUUCAGAUAUUCGCAGGCGUUGCCAAGCCUCUUGGCAAUCAUCCUGGCCAGCGGCAACUACCUGAACGGAGGAACACAGCGUGGACAAGCAGAUGGUUUUGACUUGAGCGAGAUGGACAAGUUGCAAGGUGUCAAUGACGCGGAAGGCAAAGAUUUGCGCCACUUCAUCUUAGAGGUUUUCUGCCAACAGAUGCCUGCGCAGGCAGAGCAGCUGCUCAGAGAGCUGCGCCCCUGCUUCCUGAACGUGAGAAGGGCCAUGGUGAAGGACUCCGCAGGCACUUCCCGCCUCUCCAAGACAGUGCUGAAUACGUUGGAGAGCCUUGAUGAGGAGGUGUCUCUGCUGCAGAAGAAUUUGGCCAAAGCGAAGGAGACGUUGGAUAUUGUGGCCGCAAGCCUUGAGAAGCCAAAGGAACACUUGGCUGCUGAACUGGAGCAGGCAUCGGAGCUGGUGGGUCAGUUGGCGCUGCUGCGGGACGCCGCAAAGGCGAAGUAUGAAGACCUUAUGGCGUUUCUCAACAUGAAGCCAAUCAGGAGUUUGGAGUUCUGCUUGUUGUGGGAUGACUUCUUCCUGCCUGGAGAUUUAAUGGUCAACAAGGGCAAGGACGACUAUUACAUCCCGGCGUUUUGCAGUGGCGAGACUUUCAAGCUGGAACACAUGCAGGUGCUGUGGGCUCUGAGUGGAAACGGAGAUGAGGACAUGGACGAGAGCCACACAGAGGGCCCGCUCGAUGCCGAGCAAUUCUGCUCAGCCCUCAUUCCGCUCGUGCCCAGCCCCGAGGACUUCGCCAACAUCGCGCGCAGCUUCUCGUGCUGCCCAGGGACGCGCUCAGAAGGUGGAGACCUGGGUGAGGUUGAGCGAGGGCAGAUGCAUCCAGCCAUUGAGGGGGCGCUCUUCGACCCAGAGCUGGAGCUGGGGGUUCCGCUCGGCCCGGUUCGGACGGAUGCUGGCUACCACCUGCUGAUGGCAAGGAAGAAGUGCAGAGGAAUCAUCUCUACAACGGUAUCUGCAAGCCACAUCUUGGCGACAUUUGGACGGUACCAGCCUCCCACCUGCGAGGCAAGCAUUCACUUGCCCAACCUGGUUGGUGAAGAAGGUGAUCUUACCAGGACGUGGCGCCGAUGGUCAUUCGCGCACUCACUGCCACCCGCCUUGUCUCACUUGGUAGAGGCCCAAGAGGAAGAGAACCAGCUCUUGCAGAGACGCCAGGCCCUGCAGGGUCUCCCUGGUCUGCGGCUCUUAUUUAGGUGGGAGGGUGCCUACGUCUUCAAUGUGAAAGGAAUUCUGUCCGACAUUUCCGCUGACAUGGUUGGCCCCAUACAUCUUGUAGAUGGAUCAGCCAACUCGGAGCCACGGCAGUUGGGAAGCUUAUUGACAGUUGAAGAUGCCAGGACAUUACAUCCGGAGAAGGAUGGCUUCGAAGCGCGGUUGAGCUGGCUCGACAACGGCUGGCAGGAUGCUGAUGGCCUUCUGGAUGAUGCCAGCAUGUGCAUCGUUCAGAUCCUGCUGCGGCGCUGCGAUUUGCAGGAAGGGCACAGGAAGACGAGCCCUUGCGUGCGUUUGCGAAUCAAGCCGACAAGGCUUGCAUACGCGGCCUCAGAGCCGGGGCUGCGACUGGGCCUCUCCUCAGCCACCAGAGUGCAGGAUCGAUGUGCCACACUUGUGAAGCAGCUGGAGACUGGCGAGCUCCUGGUGAAAGUGGACAAUGGCGAGGAAGAGAUGGUGGACCCACGACCUCGGACUGUGGUCAGUGCCAACAUUGUCCAGAGGAUGGCAGGAAGCCAGGUAUUGAUCUUGCAUGAUGGCGAACACCUUGUGCAAGCGCGAGUUCUGGAGUGCAUUGGCAGGGAGCAUGGCAGCCGUCACCGCUUAAGCUACACCCAGGCCGGCAAGGAGCUGGAGCAUCAAAUGGAUUUGAAUGAGAUGAACCAGUGCACUCAGCGGUUUGAAAGCGUGAUCGGAUUUGAGCAAGCCCGAGUGGCGUAUUGUCGGCAAAUCAUCCAGGAUGGACGAUACAUUGAGGAUGCCAUCACGGGCAACCGUGUCGACAUCUCUGAACAGAUUGUGCGGAUUGAAAUGGAGGCGAGGCCCCUGUCCGAUGCAGAUGCAGUGAGGCACAUGGCGUUUGACGACCUGGAGUGGGUAUCAGACACGGCUUUCCGAUUGGGCGACCGCGUGUGGGCACAGGGGCGCGAGGGCACGGUGGAGCAUCUGCAAAAGCACGGCCGAUAUGUCGUCAAAUUUUCUGACGGCACCUCCUCAUCAGCACUGCACGCAGCUUCCAUCAAGCGAGCCCAGGCCAUUGCUGGAGUACAGCAGCCCCAGUUUGGUCGUGUGCGAGAUAUUGCUGAUAUUGUUCCUCUCCUACUGCACCCUUCUCGAUUUCGACAAGGCCGCUUGCAUGGCGCGCAUUCCUCCCAGCCGGUGCUGGUUCGAGCGGGGCCCGGCACGGGGAAGACUUGGUCCAUGCAGCAGUUGCUUUUCUUGCUGGCGCAGGAGCUGAGUAGCGAGAGUUUGGAUGUUCAGCUCCGCCUGGCUCCCUUGCUCAUUCCCAUCCAGAAACUGGCCCGGAUGUUGCGCCAAACCUCCAAGGAGGGGCCUCCGUCGAACCUGGUCUUGUUCUACAUCCAGACGGAAUUCCCGGAGGGCGCCACCAGGAGUAUGUUGGAGCAAGCCUUCGAGAUGCGCAGCCUCAUAGUUAUGCUGGAUGGCAUUGAUGAGGCUGCCAGUAUGAAGCUGGCGGUGGAGGAGUUUGUGACCAAGACCUUGGUACCGAUGGGUGUACCACUUCUGGUCACCUCCCGGCCCGAGGGCAUUCGAAAGCGCCUCUACAGUCGAGACUUCGUGAUCAUGAACCUGAAGCCCUUGGGCCAGGACCAACAGCAAAGGAUUAUCGAGAAGCAGCUACAACGGAACGAGUUCUUCAAGCAUUUGAUGGGCUUGAGCGUCGCAAGGACUCAGCAGGACACCAUCUUCAAGUCCUUUUCCGCGUCUCAACAACAAGCACUUAAGGAGAUGCAGUUCCAAGGCAAGGAGGAGGUCACCUGCAACUCAAACGGAAAGGACGUGGACCAUGAAAUUUUGGCGGCCGUGUUCUUUUGCGUAGCAUGCCGCUUGCUUUCAGAAGCCGGACUCGAUGGAAAUGCGCUGCAACUUCCCAGCCAAAAAGGUUCAGAGGCAAAGGCGGACGUGCGACGCCUGAGUCUUCACGCACGGCAACAGGGCGUGAUUCGAUCCGACUUUGUUUGUCCUGAUGCCGGAUCGCUUCGAAAAGUCCUGGAGCUUUUGGUCAGCUUUUCCACUUUGGUGGACGGGGACAGAGCUGAGCUGCAGAUACUGCGGUGUGCCAACUUCUUCGCCCGCCCGGGCCCAGAGAAGUUCCGAUACUUCAGCUGCGAUCUGCGCCUGUCCUUCCAGCAGUGCUCUCAUCCAGUGAAGGUGCAAGUGCAUCAUGCUGAUGGCCUGGAGUGCUUCAGGCAAGCAGACGCGCAGGAGCAUGUUGCCUUCCUGCGGCAACGCUUGGCUGGCACAGCUCAAGGCGAGCUGCUGGAGGCACGCCUACAAGUCUUUGAUGAGAUUCGCUGCAUACCGGUUUUGCUUUCUGUCUUGGCUUGCGCUUUUGCAGUUGAGAUUCAUCGCUUGCCUGCAGACAUCUACGAGCUCUAUGAAAUGGGGAUGUUCUCAACGCUGAAGCGCCAACUUUCCGAGGACCAGGUGGAUGCCACCUUUGAGAUGCUGGAGACUAUUGCUGUUGCCAACCACUUGGCGAAGCGCCGCACCUUUCAGGCAGAGGAUCUCCGCGUGGCCUUGAAGGGAAAGCCUCACCUCCUUGGGCUUUGGUCCCAGCUGCUGGAGGAUGGAUCUGUACCACUGAUCAAAGUCUUGACCUUGGGUGAGCUCACGGGGGAAUUCCAAUUCAGCCAUCUCAGCUUCCAGGAAGCACUUUUUGUGCGUGCACUAGGCUCAGGCUGCUUGGCGACUUCCUUCUGGAGAACGCACGAUGCUCUCAACUCCAGCCUGAAUGAUCCAUUCUACCGCAACGCCUUGUUGAUUGGUCGCUGUCACCUGGGGAACGCACUAGCAGGCAACAAGCCAUGCCUCAGCUUUGACUGCCAGCCGCGGUUGACAGAGCUUGGACGCUUGGGCCUUCGGAAUAUUGUGGCUGGCGCUCAAGCGAUCGAGGAGCUCGACUUGGCAAAUGUCAACCUGCAGAACUCGGAAGAAGUUGUGGCACUUGUAUCGUCUUUGACCUCUUCAGGUUUGCCCAAGUUGCGGGUCUUGGGUCUGAGCAGGUGCCGACUGUCGGGCAAAUCCGCACAGGCCAUUGGCACCCUUCUGCGCUGCUGUUCCAGUCUGCAGAAGUUGGACCUAGAAGGCAACCGAUGUUUCCUGCAGUCUGAAGAUGCAGUAGAUUCCUUGAGCCAAUCCAUCGGAGAUGGUCUCCGCCAUCUGCAGUUUCUGAGCCUACGAUGGUGUCACAUACGCGCUGGCAGCUCAAUGAGAAAGUUGCUACAAGAGUGUUGUCCGGCGUUGAGCAAGCUGGAUGUGCAGGGCAAUCAGGGCUUGACGCGAAGUCUUCUUGAGGAGUGCUUUGCUCCAGAGUGCCUGCAAGGCUGCUGAGCCAUUCCCUGUUAACGCUUUGCUUUAGCUCACACAUGUAUUGUCAGUUGCGAAGCAACUGGGAAUGACAGCGCAAGCUGGUGUGUAGCAGGAACAUGAUACGACUUUGAGAAAUGUUUGUCCCGGC